CACGACGCAGUCAAACAGAAGAGCGCAGACAAGGAGCGAGCCCAAGACCAUUUUGACGCAGCAUGGGAGCAUUUGGAGGCAGUCUGGAGCCUUGCCGACUGUGAAAUAUGGACGAGGCUCCGUCGCAGCCGCUUUGCUGAACCUGCUCUUGUAUCCGUGCAGGGCGACGGACAGCCAGGAACUUUAGCAAGCUUGUCCAACAAGCAAAGGCAAUGAGGAGGGCUUUCGGCCUUGUAUGAGUUGAGUUGGCGUGUCUGCAUCGGCAAGAGUGUUUAUUUGUGUGUGGAGAAGUUGAUCCAGAAAGAGAAGCCUGUGCUGUGCUGUGCUGUGCUGUGCUGGUUCAUUAUGCUUGAGGAGGGCAUUAUGAACUGCACCGUCAGCCAUGAAAUCCACCAGUACCUCUUCUGCUUUGUGUAUAUCUUUGUACUACUGGUGGGCGUUCCCUGCAACCUGUACUCUCUGUACCAUGCGGUACUGCAGCUGAAGCAAAAGAAUGAGCUAGGGGUUUAUUUGAUCAACCUGACCGUGUCGGAUCUAUUCUACCUGGCAUCAUUACCACUCUGGCUCCAGUACUUUUUCCAGGAUGACGACUGGCGUCACAGGGAAUGGUUGUGCCAGCUGUGUGGCUUUCUUCUUUACGAGAACAUCUACAUCAGCAUCGGCUUCCUGUGUUGUAUAAGUCUGGACCGCUACCUGGCUGUCGUUCACCCUUUGAGGUUCGCCUCCCUCCGCUCCAUAAGCGCAGCCUGCCUUUUCAGCGCCGUCAUCUGGUUGAAGGAGAUUGCCGUCGGCGUGGUUUUCUUCCGCCAUAAAGAGCUGAGCAGAAAUCCCAACAACCAAUCGGUGUGCUUUGAGCACUACCCAAUGCAACCUUGGGAGUAUCCAAUCAACUACUACCGCUUCACCAUUGGUUUCAUGUUCCCGCUGGCCAUCCUGCUGAUCAGCUACCUGUGCGUGCUUCGUGCCGUGGGCCAGAGCGCGGGCACCCAGCCGGAUCAGAAGACCAGAAUCCGACAGUUAGUUAGCAGUACGGUCCUCAUCUUCCUCAUAUGCUUCUCGCCUUACCACAUCUUUCUGUUAGUACGCACCGUGCUGGAGCGAGACUGCAAUUUUAUCACAGGGAUUUUCAACUAUUACCACCUGGCGCUGUUGUUGACCUCUUUCAAUUGUGUGGCUGAUCCCGCUCUCUACUGUUUUGUCAGCGAAAGUGCCCGCCGGGGGUUUUCCCGGGUUAUUUUCCGACCGGCGACAAGAGUCGUGUGUUGCCGCCUUGGCAACUGCAGUGCCAAAGCCGCCAUCUCUGCCACAGACUCCCACCGUGAGGCAAACAACACCCGGGGGCCCGUGGUCACGCUCCAUCGCAUCGGCAAGAACUGCAGCAAUACCAUUUUAAUCACAGUGGAUGAUAAAAAAAUCAUCAUACCGUUAAGCUUGCAAAAUAGCAACCGUACUUUGACAGAGAAAUGAUGUGAUUGGGCUAAAUGGAUCCAAAGAACAAGGAAGGUGCCAACCUCGGUCGGGACAGAGUGGCAUCGCGGCGUGCCACUGACCACUGCUGCUGCUGCUGUGUUACAUUCUUUUUGUUAUCGUUGCCAUCUGAAUCGCUCCUGCAGACUGACCG